AUGAUCCGAUCGGCGGCGUCGCGAAUUUCGAGAGUGCGAAGUCGACGAAUCUCGAAUUCGCGAGUUUUGAGCGAGAAAUCGACCCACUUUGGUGAAAAAACAGUCAAAGUCGAGGAAAAGCAGGGACUCGUCAAUUCCGUCUUCAACAAUGUGGCAGACUCGUACGACGUGAUGAACGAUGUCAUGAGCUUUGGAGUUCACAGAUGCUGGAAAGAAUCAUUCGUCCGCGAGUUGGCUCCUCGGCCUGGCACUAGAAUGCUGGACAUGGCUGGCGGAACUGGCGACAUUUCCUUCAAAGCGCUGCAAUUCGCACAGAAAAAGUACGGAAGAGCAAAGGCCAACUUUGAAAUCACGGUUUCGGACAUCAACACGGAAAUGCUUCGCGUCGGCGAGAAACGGGCCAAAGAACGAGACGAUGUCGACGAAAGCUGUCUCACUUUUCAGGCGGCGGACGCACACGAGCUGCCCUUCGAAGACAACUCUUUCGACUACUACACGAUCGCUUUCGGCAUUCGCAACUGCACGGACAUCGACAAGGUGCUCGACGAAGCGUACAGAGUCCUAAAACCUGGCGGCCGUUUCAUGUGUCUCGAGUUUUCGCCAAACGUCUGUCCAGCUAUCAAACCCUUUUACGACUUUUACUCUUUCCAAGUGAUUCCUCCGAUGGGUCAAGUAGUCGCCGGCGACUGGGACUCGUACCAAUAUUUGGUCGAAAGCAUUCGCAAAUUCCCGGACCAGGAGCGCUUCAAAAUGAUGAUCGAGGGCGCAGGCUUCGAAGCGUCCAAGAAACUGUCGGCUCGGUACGUUGUCCAAGCGUACAACCGUCGCGCGCUAAGACGAAAUGUCGAGGAGUCGCGCGCUCUCAAGUUCCCGGACUCGGAAACAGAAGACCAGGACGCGCCCGUGCUGAAAAAGGCGCGAUGCAGGAAGCGCACUCGUCGCCAUCGUCCUCCCCCGCUCGAGCUGCCGGACUCAACUCGCGAAAGCCAAAAAGCGACGCUUCAGUCUUUGGCGCUCUCUUCUGCGAAGAACGACGCCUGCAUCGCUGGAUCUUUAGACGACUAUCCUUUCGUCGCCUUUUCUUCCAUCAGAGAGUUUAAAAGAUACGAGUCCGGAGCUCUCUCGCCCAAGAAUCUUCCUUCCUCGACUUUGAGUGCCUCUCCGCCCUUUUCCCCGAAUUCUCGAAAAAAGAAUAAUUUUUCCCGAAAACUGCCGAAACCCCAAAAUGCUGAAAACGAAGAGCGAAACUCGCCGAUUCGAGAAUUGCUGGAUCCAAAAGUGAAUUACUUCGAGGCGAUCGAAAGCAGCUCGUUUUACUUUCCAGACACCGAGUCGAUCAGUUCCAGAGGCAGCGGCAAUACUGAACAGUUCUUCCGACCCCAAUCCGUCUCUCUCCGCGAAAAGCUGCCUAGUUCCAAUGGCCUUUCCCGAACAAGAAAGAGAAAAACGCAAAAGCCGCGAAGAACGGUGAAACGAGAGACUCGCGAGACGCUGGACAGCCGACUUCAUCGCCAAGUAUUCACCUAUCAGCACCACCAUCAGCAUUCGCACCACCAUACGAUGGCGUUGCCGAUCUUUCCGCUUGGGAUGAACUGGCCCUUUCUGCACUUGAACGACCCUCUUCUGAUGGCGACGCUGCAGCACCAAAGCCUGAACUUGGCGCUGCACAAGCCGCUUAAAACUGCUCCCACGGGUAAAUGGAAUGCCAUGCACGGAAAAAUCGCACACUUUAUUCAAUCAGAAAAGAAGAAGUCAAAACCGAAAGAGUCCGGCGAGAAGCCAAAAAGUGGAGAAAGAGAGGAGCCAGUAGAUAAAGAAGGAAAGCCGGGGACGAGUAAGCCAAGGACGCCGUCUGCUUCCACCGCUAAAUGGAUUCCUUCUUUGCCCAGAAGAGGAGGAACGAACCUGCCAUCCGCCUUCAGCGCCAGCACGGGCGCCAGCAACUCAGCAGCUUCGAACUCGAACUUUGAGAAGGCGCUGCUGGAGACGCAAGUUCAAGAUCUCCGAAAUCGCUCGCUGGAUCUUCUCCAAACUGUCGCUAGUUUACGCCAAACACUUGCUCCUUCAUCGACCCUUCGCAAAUAA